CCCUCAUGCUGCACAGGAAGCAGCCUCAGCUCAGAGAUUAUGGGACUGACAUAGGGAUGGGGUCAGAGCCCAAGGCCCCAGACUCCCAUCCAGAGUUAGGGGAGCACCGUCUGCCGGGGAGGAUUCCAGCUUGGCCGUGAGCCUGCUUGGACUCCAGCCCCGAUUGUGCCCCAUCUCGCUGAGUAAGCCCAAGUGGGUCACCUGUCUUCAGGCCUCAGUUUCCCUGCUGUGACAUGGAGGGAAAUGAAAUUCCCACUUCUCUCAGGGGUGCUUGAGAGAUAGCAGGGGUCACUACCCGGGAAGAGUGUGGGGAACAUGGAGAGAACAGUGUGCUGGCCGCCUGUGGGGAUUGAAGUGGAGAACUGGUUUGGGAAGGGAUGGGGGUGGGGUUUCCCCACUGCCUGUCCUUCCUGUCUCUCUUGCAGGGUCUGAAGGCUGAGUAGCCAGCGGGAUGCCUGGGCUGCUGAACCAGCUCACAGGGGCAGCCCUGCCCCUCACCGCCUCCGAUGUCACCUCCUUCGUCAGUGGCUACGCCCUGGGGCUGACGGCCUCUCUCACCUAUGGCAACCUGGAAGCCCAGCCCUUUCAAGGCCUCUUUGUGUACCCACUGGAUGAAUACACCACAGUGAUCGGCUUUGAGGCAGUCAUUGCCGACCGUGUCGUGACAGUACAGAUCAAGGACAAAGCCAAGAUGGAGAGCAGCCACUUUGAUGGCACCCGCAUCCGAGGCACAAAUGUCACAGGGUGAGGAUCAAAGGAGGCGACAAAAGCAUUGCUAAGUUGCCUCUGUAGAGCAGAACAGCGUGUCCAUUAAGCUCAGAGGUUGUGGAAUGAAUCACACCAGGGUUUGACUCCCCAUCCUGUUGCAAAUGGUAUGGGCUUAAAGAAAAAAUUACACUUCAUCCGUAAAAUGGAACAAAUAAUCGUACGCAUCCAAAGCCGAACAGAGACGUGAUUGUGGAGAUGGCAGUCUCUGGUACAGAGUAAGUACCCAAAUCAUGGCUGCGGAUGCCUGCUAUUGAGGAUACUGAGGCACAGAGAGGGCCCACACAGCCUCCCUGUGCCAUCUGAGGGGACAGCGUG